CUGGACCAAGAGGAACCAGAGUCUCCAGAGAUUAAAGAGGAACAGGGGGAGCUCUGCACGAGUCUGGAGGUAGAGCAGCUUGUACGUAAAUUGGAGACUGAUGCGUUAAAUCCUACUUGUGAGAUGAAUGACCACACUGAUGAAACUUUGCUUUUGGAUCUUGACCAAACUCAUACUACAGCAGAGGGAGAGACCCUGACUGAUUUCUCUGUUACAGUAAUAAAAUCUGAAUCUGACAGAGAGGAUUUUGGAGUAUCAGAACCAAAUUGCGACCACCAUAAAAGCCAAAAACGCAAAAGAGGCAACCAUGAGAAUACAAAUACUGACAUGAAACCAGAAAACAAACUCUUCAAAUGUCUCGUUUGUACUGAAGAGUUUCAUGAUUUCUUGAAGUUAAAGAUUCAUUUAAGGAGCCACACUGGUGAAAAGCGAUUCAAAUGUGACACUUGUGGGAAAGGAUUCACUCAGAACGCUCUGCUUAGGAACCACAUGAUAACUCACACCGGGGCAAAGCCCUUUAUAUGCACAGUUUGUGGAAGGGAAUUCAACUGUCAGUCAAACUGUAUCAAUCAUAUGAAAACUCACUCUGACAAGAAGCCGCAUACCUGCUCCACCUGUGGGAAAAGCUUCAGCCGGCCUGCAGACCUGAGGAGGCACAACCGAACUCACACAGGCGAGAAGCCGUACACCUGUGUCCACUGCGGGAAGGAGUUUUCUUACCACUCAUCUCUCACGAAUCACGUCCGAGUGCAUACAGGGGAGAAGCCUUAUAAAUGUAUUUGGUGUGGGAAAAGAUUUGCUGUCAGCACAACAUUGAAAAUACACACCAGAGUCCACACAGGGGAAAAGCCAUAUAAAUGUAACACUUGUGGGAAGACUUUUGCUCAUAACACAGGACUGACGUUACAUAACAAGAUCCAUAGUCGAGAAGAGAAAUAUUCGGAGUCUGAUUCAGUGUAUGAAGAGGAGCUCAGUUGGCAGCGCACACUGCUGGAUGCCAUUUUGCAGCCUGAGAUAAAGCUGCACAGUACAGAGGCCUACAUUCACUUCCCUUUCUCUUAUCACCACACAGUAGUUCCCUUUUCCUCAUCUCCAGACAUGUUCUUGCUGACCAGCAGCUCUGUAACCAGAAGAGGAACUCCAGUCUGGACCAAGAGGACCCAGAGAGAAACUCCCAUCACUGCAAACCCUCCCAAAAUACUCAACAGCGCUAUGUUGGCUGCAGAAUAUUUCAGGUUUCUGGGAUCUUUAGUCUCCCAGGAACUGAAGUUGGAGUCCAACAUCAACACAGUCAUCAAAAAGGUCCAGCAGAGAAUGUACUUCAUAUGCCAGCCCAGGAAAUACAACCUGUCUCAGGAGCUGCUGAUCCAGUUUUACACUGCAGUCAUCAAGCGCUACAUGUGUGACUUCUUUCCGUACCUACUGGCGGUGGUGACCCCCUUUUCCUCUCACUCCCUCUCUCCUCAAGAAAAAAGUGCCUCAAGUUUAACUCUGACAACAAUGGCUUCGGUCAUGAUCAUGAGAAAGUUUGUCUGCGAUCGGCUGACGGCGGCCGCGCAGGAAAUACUGGGAGCCUUUGAGAAGAAAAUUGAUGAUUAUGAAGUAGAAAUCGCUCGUCAACGCAGACUGCUGGACACCGUUUUGACGCCUCAGUUAAGGCUUCACAGGACAGACCUCUCACAGACAAUUGUCCAUAAGGAGGAAGAGGACUUUCACAUGGAACAGCAGCAGCAACUGAAUAACCGGGACACAAAUGCAAGCCUGGUACAACAAGGUCCCCCUAAGGUUAAACAUGAAGAAGAGGAAAUGUGCAUCAGUCAGACACAGCAGCAGGUGCCACUGCAACAGGAGACUGAUGCCUCUAAUUUGACUCAUGAGGGAAGUGUCCGCAGUGAUCAAACUCAGCCUUUGAACCCUGAUCAAACUCAGAAUGCAGCGGAGAAAGAUCCUCAAUCCAAGAAGGAUGCAGUGACUGGAUCUGACGGGGAGAGUUCUGCAGGAUCAGAACCAAAAAGUGACCACCGGCUCCUCUCUGACAGCUCUUGUGAAGCUGGGAGCGAAGAUCACAUAACUGGUAACAAUGGAAGUCCAUCGCCAACUGAACAUAUCGAGUCAACACCAAAUGACAAAAGCCUUGAUGAGAACACAUCAGCUACAAAUACUGAGCAAACACUAAACAAGAAAAGCAGUGAUGAGAACACAACCGCAAACAAAGGUACUGAGCCAACACCAAAUACGAAACAAAACGAAGACAACGCAGCACCAGCCAGUAACAAUGAGACCACAAAAUCCGCUACAAGCAGUGAUCCCACACCAAACAAGGAAUGCAACAGUGAAAACAAUACAGCAACAGGUAACGAGCUAACACCAACUGAGCAAUCUAACAGUGAGACCAUCACAAUCAGAGUUUGUGAGCCCAACGAUGAAAACCCAACAUCAACCAGAAGUAUAGAGACUGCACCACAAAAGAGAUGUACCAAUGCGAACACUGCAUCAAAUACAGGUACUGACGCAACAACAAGUGAGAAAUGUAAGGAUAAGGCCACAACAUCAGAUGAACAUACAGAACCAACAUCAAGCAAAAAACAUAGGUCAACAUCCACUAGAGGCACCAAGCCAACACCAAAAAAGACACCCAAUGUUGAGAAUACAGCAUCAACCAAAAGCACUGAACCAACAUCAAAUAAGAAACACAGAAAUGAGAGCACAACAGAAAAUGCAAGUACUGAUCCAAGACCAGAUGGGAACACAACAUUAGAUAAAUGUAACAAGCCAACACCAGAUAAGAAACCCAGUGAUGGUAAAACAACUUCAACUGGAAUUACUGAAACGACACGGAAAAAGACACGCAAUGUUGACAACGCAACAUACAAUGAGAAGGCAAAAUCACGUAAACCUCCCAAACCGAAGCCAGCUCCAGAUUCGGAAGAUGACAAUGAUAACAUGAAAUCAACUGGAAAUACUGAGUCAACACUAAAUAAGAAAUCCAGUGAUGGGAAAGCAACUUCAAAGACUAAACCAACACCAGAUAAGAAACGUAACAAUGAGACAAGAACAUCAAAUGGAAGUACUAAGCAAACACCAAAGAAGAAAACUGACGAAGGAAACACGUCUACAAAAAGUAAAGAGUCAACAUCACGCAAGAGACCUAACGUUGGGAAAUUUAAGGAUGAAAAUACAGCAUCAGCAGGAAAUGUAGAGCCAACGCCAAGUGGUCGACCGAAGAGUAGGAGAAUAUCAUCAAAUGCAGCUGCUGAGCCAACACAGAAAAAGAAAAAUGGGCACAGGACAUCCGCUGGAAGUACAGAGACUGAAGACAAUCCUUACAAGUGUGACAGGUGUGGAAAAGUAAUGUCUAAUUUCAAAAACUACAAAUUUCACAUGAAAUCCCAUACCGUUGACAAGUCUUUUAAGUGCGAGACUUGUGGCAAAAUGUUCAGGGAGAGUUGGGAUUUGAAUAAACACGUGGUAAUCCACGCUGCAGAGAAGCCUUUUAAAUGCAAAGUUUGCGGAAAAGAAUUCAACUGGCGUUACAAUCAUGACCUGCAUGCCAGGGUUCACACCGGGGAAAGGCCGUACGUGUGCAGCUUUUGUGGGAGAUGCUUCAUCUCAUGUGUGAAUAUGAAAAAGCACAUGAGAACUCAUACCGGGGAGAAGCCUUACACCUGCAGUGACUGUGGGAGGGAGUUUGCGGAUUGUUCGUCUUUCAAGAUUCAUAGGCGAAUACACACUGGGGAGAAGCCUUACAAGUGUUCCUUUUGCAAGAGAACAUUUGCCACCAAGACGACGUUGACGAGACACACCAGAACGCACACCGGUGAGAAGCCAUAUAAGUGCGAGACAUGUGAGAAGAUGUUCCGUCACAAAACGGAUUUGAAACAACACGUUAGGUUACAUACUGGGGAAAAACCAUAUGAAUGCGUUACUUGUGGGGAAAAGUUCUCCACCUGGAUAAAGCUCGACAAACACAAAAAAAAGAAACACAUAAAGGCUCCAGACAGCUCCACUUUCCAAAUGGACAAAUCAGAUGCCAAAUCCUGCAGUUUAGUGCCUUACAGAAGCUUCAUGAUAGUUGUUUCUUUACACAGAGAUGGUAGAUUUUGGAGGAAGUUAAUCAACGAGCGAGUUAGUGCUGCAGUAGAGCAAAUAUUAGGAGUUUGUGAGCAGGCUGUAGCUGCGUAUGAGGAGGAGAUCUCUCGUCAACGCAUACUGCUGGAUAUCCUUUUGAAGCCCCAGAUAAGGCUGCACAGAACAGAGUUCCCACUGCAACAUGCAUGUAAGAAGGAGGAUGUUCUCAAUGAUGAGCAGCUCUGUAACCAGGAGAGGAACUCCAAUCUGGGCCGAGAAGACCCAAAGCCUCCACAGAUUAAAGAGGAACAGGAGGACUAUACCUCUAAAUUGAGUUCUGCUUUUGAUCAAACUGAAAGCGAUUCGUUUUUGCUUUCAGAUGCUGAUGAAACUCAGCAGACUGCAGCAGUGGAAGAUCCUCUUGACAAAAUCUGUAUUAAAUGGGUUAGAUCUGAAUCUGCCCGGGCAAACUCUGGAGUAUCAGAGCCAAACAUUGAUCAGCUCAGAUCUCCAAAAGCAAAGACAACACGUAAACAUGUGGAUGCAAGAUCAUCUUUAAGAAUUAGGCCAAAACCAAACAAUAAAUCUAGCACUGGGAGGACAUUAUCAACUACAAAUACUGACCCCAAGCCAAAUAACACAUUUUCAACUAGAAAUACUGAUCCAAAACCAAAGAAGAAACAAAGUGAAGCAGAAAGCACAGCAUUAACUGCAAAUAUUGAGCCAAAACCGAAGAAAUCUACUAACACAUCAUCAACUACAAGUACUGAGCAAAACCCAGAGAACACAGAUGAUGCCCGGAGCACAACAUCAGAUUCUGAACCACAACCAAAGAAGAAAAGUAAGCAUGCGGAUGCAACAUUAGCUUUUAGUACUGAGCCAACACAAAACACUGAGGUCACAACAUCAACUUCAAAUACUGAUCCAAAACCAAAGAAGAAACAUAAUGCAGGGAACACAUCAUCAACUACCAAUACUGUUCCAAAACCAAAGAAAUCUGCGAAGACAUCAUCAACUACAAGAGCAAAGCAAAACCCAAAAAAGAACCCAGAGAACACAACUGCCAAUACUGAGCCAAAAUUAAAGGAGAAAAGUAAGGAUAGAGAGAUGAGAUCAGCUUCAAGUAUUGAGAAAAAAUCGGAGAAUAAAUGCAACAGCGGCAGUAACACAUCAACUGCAAGUACGACACCAAAACAAAACGGGAACAAUGAUCAUGGACAUUCAAGAGUCACUGGCAACACUGAGCCAGACCCAGGAAACAAACCUUACACAUGCAACGAGUGCAAUAAAACCUUCUCUUACAUGAAAAACUUGAAAGUACACAUGAGAAUCCAUACAGGUGAAAAGCCUUUUAAUUGCACCCGGUGCGAAAGGACGUUCAACCAGAAGUCAGCCUUGAAACAACACAUUAAAACCCACACUGGUGAAAAGCCUUUCAAGUGCAAAUCUUGCGGGAAAAGUUUUGCCCAGGUGACCGCUGUAACUAAACACAUGAGGACUCACACAGGUGAGAAGCCGUACACUUGUGACACAUGUGGGAAAAAAUUCAGCUGUGGCGCAAAUUUGAAGAAGCACAAGCGAAUUCACACAGGUGAGAAGCCUUACACCUGCAUCGACUGCGGGAAGGAGUUCGCCGAUUCCACAUCUUUUAAAAAUCAUCGCCGAGCGCACACGGGGGAGAAGCCUUACAAAUGCAAUCGAUGUAGGAAAAGUUUCACACUCAGUACGACUCUGAUAAAGCACAUCCGAACCCACACAGGUGAAAAGCCAUACAAGUGUAACACUUGUGGAAGCAGUUUUUCUCAACCAACAGAUUUGCAAAUGCACAUUAGGAGUCAUACCGGCGAGAGACCAUACAAAUGCAAUGAUUGUGGAAAAGCAUUCAUAAACAACACAAAACUGUCAAAUCACAUACAGGUGAUGCACAGAGCAGCAGUUCUUAAAAAAAUAACUGCUUUAUAUGAAAAAGCCAUCAAAUGUUAACCAAACUAGAUCUUUUGGAGAUCUUGUCUUGAACGUUUGGUUUUCCUUUACAGGACUCACUGCUGUGGAAGUGGCUCUCUGACAUUAAUCAGGCACUGAACCAGAAUCCAGAUCCAGAAUUUUAAAAAAAAACAACAACAAAACAUAAUUACACAGCCAGUGCAUGUUCAGUAAAUGGGUUACUCUGGAGUUCCUGUUACAAAAUUGUAUGGCCACCUGUUGCACCACAACCAGACUCCACAAACAAAAACAACAUUUUUCCCCCCUAAAAUUACUAGAGAAAAUGUGACAAUUAUAACAAUAAGUCCUAAUCGUAAUUUUUACCAUAUGUAUGUAAAUUUGAGGUAAAGCCACCCAUACAAGCAUUCUUAUUCACUUGAGACAUCUUUUAAUUCUGUUUUUAUUGACCUUUAACAAAAUCAGAAAACAUGUUUUUAAAUUAAGUUGAAGUUCAUGGCAAAGUCCAAUCCAUUAUUUUACAUUUGGAUACAUUAUGGUAUCUAGUAUGUCCAACUGACUGUAAGUUAACCAUUAAUUUAAUUGCCUCUAAUUUGGGUAAACUGGAAUAUGUGACAAUUUAAGUUCCUUUAUGUAAAGCUACUGUACAUACACCUUCAUUAGUUUUUUAUUAUUGCUUUUUAAAAUGAUUGUAUAUGUUUUCGUGAUCUGUGUCAUGCUUUUCCCCCCAGAUAAAUCCUGCAGGCAGCAAUGAAGUCCAUUUAUUUUAUUUUUGAGUGGAUAAAGUUAUGUUUGAUGGUUGUGUGUUAAUAUGCAAAUUAUAAGUCUAUGUCUCAUUUCUUUUCAGUCAGUGUUUUUGGACUUUGACAUUGAUGCUAUUUUGUACAGAUCUGUUUGUAGUUUUGUUCUGGGCACCUGCUAAUUUUCUGCGUUAUUUUGCUACCAGCUACUUGUGUAUUGUGUUUUAUUGGUAUUGGUUUUUAUAUUUUUAUUUUGGUUGUUGUUUGACAAGUGUAUUUCUCUGUAAAUUUGCAAAGAGCUGAUAAAUGAAUACUCAUGUUUGACUAUCCUGAACAAAAGUGGUCCACAGAAUACUGUAGAUGGAUGGAUGUUUGAACAGAAGG